AUGCCACAACAAACGGAAAAUCUUUCAUUUACCGUGGAUGAUUUCGUCUCCGAUAUUGACUAUUCAGAAGCCCGUCAUAUCUUAGACUUAACAACAAUCAAACAAAAAGAACUUCGUCGAAAACGUUCACAAGCAUUGUUUACACAACUACUUCUUAAACGAACUUAUACACGCGUUUGCGAAUUACUCGAUUCUGAAUGUACAGUCCAAAAGUCUUCUCCACUCUCUACAAUCGAUACCAACAAGCGCAAAAUCUCCUCGGAUGAUCACCAAGUGCCCUCAUUACCGGCAAAGAAAAGUAAACCUUCCGUCGAUGCUGACAUUCUUCAAUUUCUUCGCGAACUCAAUGCGGUUAAAGUUCUGCCCAGUGUUGACAUCGAAUUCUCUUCAUGUUGUACUACUGUCUACGAAGCAAACCGGCCGAUUGUAUGCGUUGUGUAA